CCGCGCUAUCCAGCUCUCCACACUCCUUCCCGCCCUUUACCCCACACCGCCUUAUCCUCGCCGCGGCACCAACCGCCAAAGCCAUCGACCUCACCUCACUUGCUAGUUACAGCUUGAUUUACGGAACCUCCCCGAGCUCUCCCCGGCCAUGGAGGAGCUCCUGCUGCGCCACGCCGGCCUCCCGCGGCCGGUGGCGCCGCGCCGCCGGCUACGCGUUGUCGCCGUCGCGCUGCGGACCAGGCCCACCAGCCUCGCCGUCCCGGGCCUUCCGCCAGCGCCCGCGGCGCCGCCGUCGCUGUCGCCGCUGCCGGCGCCGGAGCCCGUGCUGCCGUCGCCGCCCGUGGCCGCGGACGCCGCGGCGGUGCUGCUGGCGGCUGGCGUGCCGCCCGCGGACCUCCGGCGCGCGGCUGGCAUGUGCCCGGAGCUGCUGUCCGUGCCCGCGGAGACCAUCGCGGCCGCGCUCCGGUUCCUGACGGAGGAGGCGGGCGUCCCGGAGGCCGACCUCCCGCGCGUGCUCCGCCGGCGGCCGCGCCUGCUCGUGUCCCCCGUCGCGGCGCGGCUCCGGCCCACGCUCUACUUCCUGCGCGCGCUCGGCGUGCCCGACCUGCACCGCCGCGCGGACCUGCUGUCCUUCUCCGUGGAGGACAAGCUGCUCCCCCGGAUCGAGUUCCUCGAGUCGCUGGGCCUGCCCUCCCGCGCCGCGCGCUCCAUGGCGCGCCGCUUCCCGGCCCUCUUCUGCUACGGCGUGGAGGGGAACAUGCGGCCCAAGGCGGAGUACCUCCUGGGCGCCAUGGGCCGCGACGCCGGCGAGCUGCUCGAGUUCCCGGAGUAUUUCUCGUACGCGCUCGCCACGCGCAUCGCGCCGCGCCACGAGGUGUGCGCGGCGCGCGGGGUGAGGCUGCCGCUGCCCGCCAUGCUCCGCCCCGGGGAGGCCAAGUUCCGCGCCACGCUCGCGGGGUGCGUCGGGUCCACGCCGCCCCGGAGGCGGUCGCCGCUGUGGCACGCCACGUGGGUGGACGACGGCGACCAUGGCGCCAGCGCGGCGGCGGUGUGAUGGCCGGACGGCGCCGGCGAUCGCGCGCGUUGGUAGCGAGCGAGUGGUUGUCGGUGGUGUAACAUGUGCAUACGGAUUGGCAUUGGUCGCUUGUCGUCCAUUCACCAGACCAAUUUGCAUCCCGAACGGCAGGGGCCGGUGCCCUCGAGCAUCUAGAUGACUUCAGCCGCGUCGUUGGGAUCAUCAGCUAGAAGAGGGUAUCAUGACGCUCGAGCUGGACAUGUCCUUCGCCGACACCACUUCAUUCACGUUAAACUCUCGGGUGACGUUAGGUAUCGCCAGCGAGAUUAUGGAUCGCAUCAGCUGAGUCGGUCUUUCGGAGGUGCUUACAGAUACAGGAUUACGUGCCAAAAUACAUGCGAGCGUACGAAUGUGUAUAUGAGCAUUUGCGUCUGUAUUGUGUUUAAAAAAAUUAUCAAUGAUCAAAGUAUGAUCUCGCCCACA